GAGGUUUCCGGAGUUAAAAUCUAGCAUUGUGAAACUGUUUCCUAAGUUAUAAUAUGUGAAGAGAUGUUUCCUUUGUUGCUUCUUAUAUCCCUUUGUUUUGGUAGUUCUUGUUCAUUUCCACUAGAAGAUUGUCAGACAAGAAGUAAGGACAUUCUAUUUAUACUGGAUUGUCGAGCUGACGAUACAAAACUGAUAGAAUGUAUACACACAUCAGUGAAUUAUCUAUCUAAAGUCAGAGGCCAGGAGACAAUAAGCUAUUCUAUUAUGGCUUUUACUGCUAAUGGGUUGAUUGAGACAGAUAAUAUAACAGAAAUACAAGGCUCAAAUUUUUCAUGCGGACAAUCAUUUCCGAUGGAUCAAGUCUUUAAUGCAUCUGAAGUUUGGUUCACAUCAAGGAAGCGCCCUCUGGUGACAAUAAUACUCAUUUCUAACGAGGAAUCAAUAAAUUUGAAUUAUUUGGAACAACUUGUUCAGAAACAAAACAAAGACAAAAAAGUGAACAGAUUUUUAAUACUACCAUAUAACGAAUCUUUGGUUGUAAUGAGCUCUAUUAGCUUUCUGUAUCUCUAUAGUCCAUCAAAAGUGUUGGAUGUCGCUGACAUCAUGUCUAAAAUGUGUGAAAGAAAAUGCACAAGGCAUCCAGUAAUGUUUACAACCGGAAGUUCUAUGACGUCGUAUUAUCACCUAUCCAAUGUUUUUAAUAUGAGUCAUGAUGAAAGUGUCCAGUACUGUGCAAAACAGACCAAUAGUUAUUUAAUUUCAUUGGAGUCGUCUGAAGAAAUAACUUUUAUAUUCAAUGUUUUACACGGAACUUUUAGUUCAAAAGAAAUGAGUAAGAUGCGUUUGAACUUAGGACUUCAACAAAACCUACAUUGGUAUUCACAAAAUCCUUUCGUAUUUUUAAAAAAAUCUCACGCAUUAGUAAACGGGAAAUGCUAUUUUACCAAUGUUUCCAUUCUUGAACAAAGUGUUGACAGUUUAGUGAAUAGUUUGUUUUCUGACGAUUGUUCGAAAGUGGUGAAUCCUUCACUAGUCAUCUGUGAAUGCCAUGAAGCUAUAUCAAAUUUAAAUGUGACUCGUGAUUUAAUAAAUGCAGUCUCCGGUAAUAAGAACAUAAAACGGCUUCGCUAUUUGUUCGAUUUGCUUAAAUUUGUUUCUAAAAGUCAAAAUCAUUUUGCUUCAAUACAAACUCUUGACUGUGCUUAUAACUCAUCAAAUAGCAAUGAAUAUGGCAAACAUUAUAUCUGCAACAAGAGCUUGAACAAUCAGUUUGAUGAUUCUAAAGAGGAACAAAAGUUUAUUUCGACUACACAAAAGAUAGACCCCCUUCAUUUUCAAGUUCAACGUUUUGAUGUAUCGGACUGUCAGUUUAACAGUGAGGUUAAACAAACUAAAAACUUCGAAAGUUUAGAGGAAUUUAGUUUAAAUGGUGACUUUGAAUCGUUAUGUACUAACCAAACUAUUGAACCAAAAUCACGUAUCUCCAAAAAUAUUUUCAAGUUCAAUACUAUUCCAUGCGGGUCCUUUAAGUGUGACAGUCCAACUACAGUAUUUCAGUGUGAACAUCAAAAAAAGCCAAACGUUAGAAUCUAUAAAUGUAUCAAGAUGCUAAAUACCCGUACUUCAUCCUUCUGCGAAGAUAACUCAAAUUUACAAAACUGUGAAAAUUUUAACUGCCCCAAUGGUUUGAUUAAAUGCCCUAAUUCAUUUUGUAUUUACAACUCAGCAGUAAACGACGGCAUUCGUGAUUGCCCUUUGGGUGAAGACGAGAUUCAGUUAACUGAUUAUUUAGGCAUCGCUAAAAUUACUUUUAGUUUGAAAGAAUUGUGUAUUGCGAUGCAUACUGUCCCACUGGUGGACAAAUUUCGACGUUUUUACUGUGAUCUCCCUUGUCCACAUUAUCACGUAUGUAUUUCAAGUAAGCUAAAAAUGAAUAAUGGGAACAUCCGAAAUAAAGCAAAUAAAACUGUAUAUCAAAUCAAUUAUAAACUUUAUAACGUAUCAAACUUAGUGUAUCCUUUAAGUUUGUACACAGAAUUAACUUCGCUCUUUGCAAUACUUGAACUGAAUGUACGGGAUUGUCAAAUACAAAACUUUGACUUCGCUUUUCAAUAUUGGAAUAUUUUAGAUCUAAUUGUCCUAGAUCUUAGUAAUAAUGAGCUCAUUACAAGUAAUGAUACCAAAAUUAUAUCACGUUUAAGUCAAUUAAAAGUAUUAAAUAUUUCUUUAAACGAAAAUUUUAAUAUUGAUCAAAAUUUUUUUUUCCCGAGAUCCUUAGAGAUUAUUGAUUUAUGUAAUACAAAAACAUCAUCAUUGAAAUUAAAUGUCUUUGAAAAUGUAACUUUUCUGAAACAUUUAAAUCUAAGUAAUACUUUAGUUUCUACAUUUCAAGAUAUGGGAAUACCGCAUUACUUUACACUAGAAACUUUAUACAUAGAGAAUGUUGAGAUGAACAAGAUAGACGUAGAUUUUUUCCGAGGUCUUACUAUAAAUUCUGAGUUACGAGCUAGUGAUUAUAAACUUUGCUGUCCACAAAUAUUAAAUCCAAAUAUUUCAGCAGACAAAUGUCAUGCACCUGUAGAUGUCAUCUCUUCGUGUAAACAUCUUGUUGGUGACAUUCUAAAGAGAAUUACCAUCUGGACCGUAGGACUUAUAACAUUAGUUGGAAAUGGCAUUGUGUUGGUCUAUAGAAUUGGUUGGAACAGAGAGAUAUUUAAAAAAGCUUAUGGACUGUUUGUAUCUGGUCUGGCUGUUUCAGAUUUUAUUAUGGGCGUGUAUUUACUGUUAAUAGCAGCAGUAGAUAUUCAAUAUGAAGAUAUUUAUGUAUUAGAAGAUGUCAAAUGGAGACAUAGUGUUUUGUGUCAAUUUGCAGGAUUUCUGUCAACAAUUUCAAGUGAAACUUCCACAUUUUUUAUUUGUUUGAUAACAAUAGAUCGUUUUUUGAAAAUUACUUUUCCUUUUGGUCAACACAAAUUUACAAAAACAGGUAAAAUAUUUUCUUUUACAUUGGUUUGGUUUUUUGGUUUCCUUUUGGCUCUAAUUCCUAUUGCAUUUACUGAAUGGAAUAUUUAUUCUUCUAAUGGUUUGUGUUUGGCUCUGCCUCUGGGAUCUAGAGAACACAAUGGCUGGUUUUUUUCUUUUAUUGUUUUUGCUAUUUUCAAUUUUAUAUUGUUUCUUUUUAUAGCGAUUGGUCAAAUUUUAAUAUUUGUUAACAUUUUCAAUGUAAGUAAAAGUAUUUACAAUGUAACAAAUGAUGUCAGAAGAAGGAAAACAGAUUUAAACAUUGCCAGAAAAUUGGCUUUUGUUGCCCUGACAGAUUUCAUGUGCUGGUUUCCAGUUGGAAUACUUGGAUUUCUUUCAUUAAAUGGUCACAUCUUUGAUCGUGAAGUUUACGCUUGGAUCGCUGUAUUUGUCAUGCCUAUAAACUCUGCACUAAAUCCAAUCAUUUACACAAUUCCAGCCAUCUAUCAAAAAUACAUUUCGAAUGUACAGAGAAGAAAAUCUAGCACUGGAAGUGUAUUUGAACUCAGUUCUUUUAGUAAAGUAAGUGAAUGGUUGAGCCGAAACUGAACAAAUGUUACAUAGCUAUUUCUUAAUUGUACUGCGUAUGGUAAGCGCUUAGGACAUGAAAUAGUAAACUUAACCACGACAUAUACGUUUACACGCAUUAACAAGCCAACAAUUUUUUUUUUAAUCUGUUCAAAAAGAAGCUUUAAUAAAAGAAAUGACUGUAGAUUUAUAGCCAUAUUUCUCAGUCAUUUAAAUUGUUUUGUUUCCUUUAUAAAAAAAAAUUAAUUACCACCAUUUUUUAAAAUUUAUUUUUGUUCUUUUUCAAUUGAUUGAAGAUUUGUUAGGGAGAAUGGAUGACUGUGCUAAAUGUCAACUUGAUCCGAGAAUGGAAUGUUGGAAAAGUAACGUAUACAAAAUGUGUUUCAAACAGACGUCUGUAUUAUAUAAGAUAUGAUAAGAAGACAUUCUCGAUGUAUUUUAUAAUUUUAAAGAUUGUUAAUUGUCUUAAUUCUAUCCUAAAGUAGUUUGAACUACUAAAAAUCAACAUUUGCAUUGUUUGGGGGAAUACGACCUUAUUUUGUAAUGUUAGGUAAUAGGAACGGCAAACGUGAUAAUGGUGAACUUUAAAAUUUGGAAAUUAUCAAAGAAACUAAGAUAAUGGGUGUACGAUACGGACAAUUUAAAAGCGUGGUUAUAAAGAUAGUCAAAGAUACCACUUUAACAUUGUAUAAAAUUGUUUGACUAUAUGUGCAAUGUUCACUUCCUUUCGAAAUCAUAAACAUUUUUUGGUAAAACAUCCCAAUACAUACUGAAAUACUAAUUAGAAAUGGCCGGAAAGAUUGCUACAUCAUUUAAUAUCCAAGAAACGCAAUCCCUUCCACGGAAGAUAAGUUUGUAAAUUAGAUAAUGUAAUUCAAGUUCUGUGCUUGUUUAGGGUUACAUCUACAAGCCCAAUGGAGGACACACACACAAAAGACAAAUCUUUACAAAGCAGGACAAAAUAAAGGCAAACUUGACACUUUUAUUCGAUGAAAAAUCAAUUGUAGAUUGUCAAGCAGAUAUUGUGUUAUACUUUUGCAGACGUAAUGACGUUUCUCAAUAGUUCAAGCUGCAUUGAACCCCGUGUAAUGUAUUUUCUUCAAUAUCCGAAAAAUUGUAAAGAAAAACUCUUUCAGAGCCUCCGUCUGUAUAGUAUCAAUAGAAAAAUAGUUGAGCACUUUAGCUUCACCAUCUACUGUAAGCAAAU